CGCAGGCCCUUCCAGCGAACAGAGCGAGCGUCCGGGCUAGGAUGCUCUUGGUAUCGCCCUGCGGGGGCAGCAGCUGCAGCAGUAGCAGAAGCCGUGCCAGGGACUAACCCGCCGCUUCGCUCCUGCCGCAGCCGCGCUAGCGCCCGACGUGCUGCCCGAGAACCAGCCAGCCAGCCAGCAGGGCUGCCUGGUUUUAUUGGCCCCUCCUUUCCCGCCGUCUCUUCCUUUCCCUCCCCUGCCCUUUGGCGGCUCCGGGGCACUGACCCUCGCCGUCCUUUUUUCCUCUUCCUCCUGGGUUGCUCCUCGGCGGCUCCCAUGGCGGCCCCGGGUAAUAUCGUGUCCGUUAUGGCGAGUAAGACCAAGACCAAGAAGAAGCACUUCGUGGCCCAGAAAGUCAAGCUCUUCCGGGCCAGCGAUCCGCUGCUUAGCGUCCUCAUGUGGGGAGUGAACCAUUCGAUCAAUGAACUGAGCCAUGUUCAAAUCCCUAUUAUGCUGAUGCCAGAUGACUUCAAAGCAUAUUCAAAGAUAAAAGUGGACAACCACCUUUUCAAUAAAGAAAACAUGCCAAGCCAUUUCAAAUUCAAAGAAUAUUGUCCAAUGGUUUUUCGUAAUUUGCGAGAGAGGUUUGGAAUUGAUGAUCAGGACUUUCAGAAUUCUCUGACAAGAAGUUGUCCACUUGCUAAUGAUUCUUCUGCUCGGAGUGGUGCCCGAUUCCACAGCUCUUAUGACAAAAGAUAUGUCAUCAAAACUAUAACAAGUGAAGAUGUAGCAGAAAUGCACAAUAUACUGAAGAAAUACCACCAGUAUAUAGUGGAAUGUCAUGGAAACACACUACUUCCACAGUUUUUGGGCAUGUACCGGCUUACUGUUGAUGGAAUUGAAGUGUACAUGAUUGUUACAAGAAAUGUAUUCAGCCACCGUUUAUCUGUUUAUAGAAAAUAUGAUUUAAAGGGCUCAACAGUAGCAAGAGAAGCUAGUGACAAAGAAAAGGCCAAAGAACUGCCAACAUUUAAAGACAAUGACUUCAUUAAUGAUGGUCAAAAAAUUUACAUUAAUGAAGCCAACAAAAAGAUGUUCCUUGAAAAGCUGAAAAAAGAUGUUGAGUUCCUUGCUCAAUUAAAACUCAUGGAUUACAGCUUGCUGGUUGGAAUUCAUGAUGUUGAACGAGCCGAGCAAGAGGAAGUAGAAUGUGAAGAGAAUGAGGAAGAGGAAGGAGAAAGUGAUGGGACUCACCCAGUUGGAACACCUCCAGAUAGCCCAGGAAAUACACUGAACAGUUUGCAGCCUUUAGCCCCAGGAGAAUUUGAUCCAACCAUUGAUGUUUAUGGUAUAAAAUGCCAUGAAAAUGCAGCUAGAAAAGAGGUAUACUUCAUGGCUAUUAUUGACAUUCUUACUCAUUACGAUGCCAAAAAGAAAGCUGCCCAUGCUGCAAAAACUGUGAAACAUGGGGCUGGUGCAGAGAUUUCAACAGUUAAUCCUGAACAGUAUUCAAAACGAUUCUUGGACUUUAUUGCCAACAUCUUAACGUAACCUAAAUGCUCUUUUGGACAGUAUAAGGUCUGGAAGAAACAGAAAAUUGCUACAAGUGUGUAAGGGGUCUUUAAGAAAGCUUCUUUUAAAAGGAACUCGUUCUCUCUUGCAAAAGGCAGCCCAUACCCCGCCCUACCCAUUUACAUCUGCUGGCAAAGAUGACUUAUUGGGGUGAAAUAUUUGCUUUUACAGCUGCCUGAUUAUGCCCAGCAUAGUUUUAGCUAUUUCUGACGUGUGUGUGUGUGAGAUUGUAUGUGUGUAUGAGUGUGCAAAAAUGGAUAUAAAUUAACUAAUAAUAACUAAAAUAGAUAGCUCCUACUUAAUGUGCAUUGCAACAUCUCUCUGUGGAUAUUAGCUGAAAUGGGAUGAAUGGGGAAAAAGGAUAUUGUGUAAAGGGAAGAAAAAUCUAUGUGCAUGUUGGGACCUACAAUAUUGGAAUCAGAACUGUAAACUGUGGAUCAGUUUAAAAUUUGAACUGAAAGAUGCAAGAUAAUAUUGGCGGUAAUUAUGACUCUGAUCUUAUUGUGAAUGUUACACUUAACAAACCUGCAUGUUUGCACUCCUUAAGAAUAACCCCCAUUUGCUGGAAGCUUUUCCUCUUGGCAGUUUUUUUUUAACCUAUAUUACUAAGUAAGCCCAUUGAGACAGGAAAGAGUCUUCCAGCAACACAGAAGUUUGGCUCUUGUUUUAUUAAAUUCUGAUGCCAUAAUAAUUCUGUGUACUUGCCAAGGGAAGACUCAUUUUGAGGAUCAGGGUAGAAGAAAUAUAGACUGUUUAAUUGUCUUGUAACAUGGAGAUUUUGCAUUGUAUGUUUAUCAUAUAGAAACUGAGUAUAGUAUAAAGAAAAUCAAAUAGCUUUUUAGAAAAAAUGUUAGGGGUAAUAAUGGCAUUUUUCCCACAUGAACAAAGGUGUAGAAAGGUUUGCUCAUCUGUAAGAGAUCAAAAGAAGACAUCAAAUGCUUACAUGUGCUGUUUUUAAAAUAUUUUAUUAAAAUAUUCUUUUCUAAGCCCUAUAUUUUAUUGUUUACAUUGAAAGGAAAACAGGGAUGCUCUUGAGUUGGUUAGAGAAUCUGAAGUUUACAUGUAAAGUUACUUUGCAGUACGGAUAAAGUAAUUUCUUGAACUGUAACAUGCAGUAAUGUAUCAGAGCAGAUAUUUUAUUCACCCUUGUGAUAGAAUCUUUUUUUAACAACAGUGAAA